AUGUCUUGUCUGUCGGACGGUAGAUGUCUCUUUUUGAGUAGUACACCAGUUCGUUCACGAGCAUCAGCUCAUCCUCGUACACCGCUAAGAAAAAGCACGACUUCACUUCGCGACGAUCGUAUGCCCGAAAUUCGUCGGAAAGUUCUACUUUUACCAGAAAUACCACACCAUAUCGCAAACAAAAGACACUGCAAUGAAGCACCAACACGACAGAGCCCACCUCGCGACGCAGUAAGUACUUCUACUACUACUCCUGUUCAUGUCGCUGUUUUAGCGCCAGAUACGGCGUCGUCCAUCACAGUUCAAACGGUAGAAAUCGAUCCACCACCCGAAUGGAUGCUACCAGCAAAACAAAAGCGUCGGCACGUUCGUCGUCGUCGUCUACCCACACCACCUAGAGUUUCAUCACGUGCACCCUCGCGAAAUCAACAAAGUAUCCCACCAGCAAUCAAACGUCGGACAAUCACCUUAAACGCAUGUCAACUACAUAAUAUCCCAGCACUCAUGACUUUAAAUCUAACACACCUCACUCCCUCACACACCUGUCAUGAGCAUACAAAAGGUAAGUACGUGAAAAAGUCAUAUGCUCAAGUUCUAUUUAAUUUAGAUCAACGUGCACAUCUGCCAUUACCAACGUCGAUCAAUCGAUUUGACAACGACACUGGGCAUACCGAGCCACAAUCAACAGCAGAUGAACAAAUGAACGCACGAUCAUCUGAUUAUCAACAUCAUCGUCCUCGUCAAUCAUCAAAAAACCAAAACGCAGAUAUGCAACAGCGACAUAUGGCAGCAGUAAAAGAAGUACGGCAAGUACCUAUAAAUUUAACACCCUCAUAUCUAAAACCAAUACAUAUAAUCCUCUCCUCCUCUAUGGCGUCUCGAGUAAAACUCAGCCAACUUUCAAACCCAGGUACUCAGGUUCAUAUAAAAUCAAUCUCCGGACAUACAACUCAAAAAUAUCUCCGAGAGAUUGAGAAAGGACAAUACAAUUAUUUUCUCCGUGAUGCCUCAAGUCUUACAUUUGUACUCGGUACAAAUGAUAUCGCUUGGGCAGAUGCGGAAACCGUAAUUGACCGAAUUAAACAGCUUCUUCAAAAAACGAAAGAACUCUAUCCCAACAUAAAGCAUCUUUCGUUCGUAAAAAUACAAUUUCGAACGAAAACCACUUCGUUUCACAAUCAUUCAGUGGCACAAAUGAAUGAAGAAAUUGUACUUUUAAAUCAGAAACUUGAAAAACUUUCAAAACAUUUAAAAUUCGACAUUCUCGAUUUUAAUUUCAAUAAAAAUACGUUAGUUGACGGGUUACACCCAAACUUUCAAGGGCAGCAACAAAUUGUUAGCACAUUUUUGAGUUAUUUUAAGGAGAUUUCAAAGCCCUCAAAAAACCAAAAAUCGGUCAAUUACGAUUGGUGUAAACUUUUGUCAGAGAAUGUCGGUAAAAUCUUGCCACAGAAUUUUACCAUUCAAAACUGUAUUGCAGAUAUCCCUGACUCUCUGCAAGCCGCAGAAAAAACUAUUCUGCAUGACUUACAGAAGAGCAAAUAUCUGACAGAGUACUUUAAC